UUGGCUCUUUGUCGUCUGAGGAUCAUGACUUUGACCCUUCUGCUGAAAUGCUGGUACAUGAUUAUGAUGAUGAGCGAACUCUUGAAGAAGAAGAGAAAAUGAUGGAAGAAAACAAAAAUUUCAGCUCUGAAAUUGAAGAUUUAGAAAAGGAAGGAAACAUGCCAUUGGAUGAUUUACUGGCAUUCUAUGGCUAUGAACCUGCGAUUCCAGUUAUGGCUGGUUCUAGCACAGAUAGCUCUCAAAGUGAACUUGCAGAUGAACUUCCAGAUAUGACUCUAGAUAAAGAGGAAAUAGCUAAAGACCUCUUGUCGGGUGAUGAUGAAGAAACACAGUCCUCUGCUGAUGACUUGACACCAUCAGUUACUUCACAUGAGGCUACCAACUUCUUUCCUCGGCCAUUAAGAU